GUAACUUCAAAAUUUUGAUACUUUCAGAAAUUCUUUAUUCUUAGACUUUUUAUUCUCACGUUGGAACUUUAUCAUAAAACUCAACCCCACGUUCGUAUCUCCCUUCACGGCAAUAUAACGGGAGUCCAUAAAACAAUACAUCAAAAUUACAAUACAGUAAAGCACCUCUAUUUCAAAUAACCGUAAAAGUACUGAAAUAUAUCACAGUACUGAUCACAUCAAAUGAAGAUAUUUAAAGGGUAAGUUCUCCAUUAGACAUGCAAGCAUUCAAAAGGGUUUCUUUCAAAGAAACCUUUGAAAGAUCCAACAAACGCGAUUACUGAAAUGCGACACGAAAUCAACUGUAAAAUCAACGAAGGGAUCGAAGUGAAAGUGAUAUCUAGAAGUGAAUUGUGCCAGCCUUUUAUGAUUCUAUGGUGGGAUCUGACUACGUUUGACUUAUUCGUACAUGGCCGGGUGGUGCAGUUUCUUUCGAGCGAUCCUGCUUCCAACACGAUCAUUUUCAAUUUCGCGUUUAUUGACUUAAUUAUAGUUGAAAAUAGAGAAGAGGUAGAAGAAUGAGCUUGACUAUGAGGAACGCAGGAAUAGCCAUUAUCCUGGUUUCUUCGGUGGUUUUCGUUAAUGGCCUCCCUGAUGGUGCACCAGUGGACACCUGCGUAAAACCAUCGAGACCCAAUGAACCCCAUCAUGGUACAGCGAGAUCACGACCCGUAGAAACCAGCCCUUACGCGUUCACAGCGUCCUCCUCUCAAUAUGGGCCUGGCUCUCAAAUAACUGUAACUAUCAGUGGAGCACCAUUUAAAGGAUUCUUCCUGCAGGGACGUGAUCCUGACACGAACAGCUGGAUCGGUUCGUGGGCUCAAACGGAGAACACCAACACACAUCCUGAGUGCAGUGCUGUGACACAUGCUGAUCCAGAAGUGAAACAGCACGCGACGCUUAUUUGGAAUGCACCACCGAAUGCACGAGGACGAGUGUAUUUCACUGGCACCAUUUUGAAGGAGUACGCCGAAUUCUGGUCCAACCUGGUCGCCACAACACCUCGCUGAAGUUCCAAAUUGUUAUAAAUUGUAAAUCACAUCCCAAACCAGAGAACAUCGAUUCACCAACGAUUGUCUCUCUAUGGAGACACUAUUGUAACGCAAUAUCGUAUAUUUUUUACACCCUCAAAUACAGAAAUGUAAAUAUAA